AUGGCGUUGAGCUCGGAGCACAAGGGGCAAAUGCAGCACCUCCAGCAGCAACUCGGGUGCAUUUCCAUGCCGCCGGAGGGUCUUGACGAAAUGGACUCCAACCCCCUCUCAGCAAGCGCGGUGAUGCCGGGGACGGGGACGUGGGCCGCAGCGUCUGUGUCGACAGAACCGGGCUUCUUCUUUAGCGCCGACGCGUUUGCAGAAAAACUGUUUAUGGACGACGAAAACAGCGUCUCCAGCAAGGAGGACAACGCCACUGCCGCCCUCUGCAAGAAGUUGGGAGGCGCCGGCAAAGGCACCGUGGCGCGGGAUCCUCACUCAGACAAUCAGAGCCGCACAAACCUGUUUAUAAGUAACUUGCCGCACAAGAUGGAGCAGCACGAAUUGGAGAAGCUGUUUUCCCCCUACGGGCAGAUUCUCUCGGCGGCGGUGAUGCGGAAUAUUCACACUGGUCACAGCCUUGGCACCGCGUUUGUGCGGUACGCCGCGACGGAGGAGGCAACGCGUGCCAUCGAGGCGAUGUCGGGAAAGCGCGUCAGUGGGCGCGCGAUCAUCGUCCAGUGGGCGCGGAAGCAGCACGACGACGCCCCCGUCGGUGAGGCUCGCAAGAAAAUCUGCAAACUUUUUGUUCGAAACAUUCCACUGGACAUCAGCGCCACCGACCUUGAGAAGAUGUUCAGUCCCUACGGUCCGGUCAAGGCGGUCUCGAUUCAUAAAGACACCACACCUGACACCGACAAGCGUUUCGAGCGUCACAUCGCCUUCAUCACGUACCUCGUGGAUGGUGCCGCCGUGAGGGCUGCCGAGGCGGUUCACAACACCCGGCCGUUCCCUACCUGCGGGAAAGUCCCACUGAUGGUAAAGCUGGCGGAGGACACCCCGCAGCAUAACCACCACGGCGCUGGCCGUAGCAGCAGCGGCAGCAGCGUUAACAACACCUUUAAAGGCAAUAAGCUGCUGCGGCGUGGCCCGGGGAGAGCGUGUCCCGGGCAUGACCCUGGAUACAAGGCCGCAGCCACACGAGGAUGCUUUCCAGUUGGAGCUGACACACGUGGCUUCGCUGUUGCCCCCGGGUCGUUUGUUCCUGUGAUGACGCCCGGGGGCCUCAUGCUGCCUGCCUCAGUUCCGGGGGCGGCGGUAGUGGGAGGUGAGCCGAUCUACCCGUGGGGGACGCAGAUGAUCUGGCCGCAGGCGGCGGGAGUGCCGUUGGCGUUUUACGGCGCAGGUGCUGCGGCUACUCCCGCCAACCCACUUACCGUGGGCCACACGCCUCGCACCGUUUCCUCUCCACCGCCCGUCGUAUGCAUGAAUAAUGAGGGGUUCACAUCGAUUCCCGCGUUCGCGGCGCUUUUCUGCCCGGCCACGCCCGAAUGUUUCUCCGAGGCGCGGGUGGGUGGGAUGGGCGGAAGCUCCGCCGUGGCUGGCGCCGGGUUCUCUUUCUCCUAA